UCCAUGGCCACAAGCAAUCAUUCAGCUCUGCCUGAAUUCAUUCUUCUAGGACUCACAAACAGGAAAGACCUGCAAGUCCUUUUCUUUGGGGUUUUUCUAAUAAUCUACAUGAUCAGUGUUGUAGGAAACCUUGGUUUGAUUGUCUUAAUUCAGGUCAGCCCUCAACUUCAUACCCCCAUGUAUUUUUUCCUCAGUCACCUGGCUUUUGUUGAUUUCUGCUAUACUUCCUCAGUCACUCCAAAUAUGUUAAUGAAUUUCAUGCAGGAAGUUAAAAGGAUAACCUUCUUUGCAUGUGCUAUCCAAGUGGCAUUAUUCAUCUCUUUUGUAGUUUGUGAGAUCUUCCUCCUCUCAGUUAUGGCCUAUGAUCGUUAUGUGGCCAUCUGCAAUCCUUUACUUUACACAGUUGUCAUGUCUCAAAAAACCUGUAUCUCAAUGGUUAUCACUACAUAUAUUUACAGCUUUUUUGUUGGGAUCCUGCAGUCCACUGUUACGUUCCAUUUGUCCUUCUGUGACUCUAAUAUAAUUAACCACUUCUAUUGUGAUGAUGUCCCUUUGGUAGCCUUGGCCUGUUCUGACACUCAUGUCAAAGAAAUGUUGUUGUUCGUGAUUGCUGGCUUUAACACUCUUUUUUCUCUUUUAAUUGUCCUCAUCUCCUAUCUCCUUAUCCUUAUUUCUAUCCUGAGGAUGAACUCUGCCAAGGGCAGAGAGAAAGCCUUUUCCACAUGUUCUUCCCAUCUGAUAUCCAUUACAAUAUUUUAUGGUACAAUCAUCUUCAUGUACCUUCAACCUAAAUCAAAUCAUUCUUUAGAUACUGAUAAAAUAGCCUCCCUGUUCUACACGGUAAUCAUUCCCAUGCUGAACCCCCUCAUCUACAGCCUGAGAAACAAGGAGGUGAAAAAUGCCUUGCAGAAAGUUAUAAGGAAAGUAGGUUCCAUUCCACAAUAA